CCGUCUCCACCGUCUUUCCUCUGCCCUCAUCUUCAUCUCCCUCUUCUCUCUUCCCUUCCGUUAGCCAUGGCAGCCGCGGCAGUUCAGAGGAAAGGGAGGAGCCGGAAGGCGCUGAAGAAUUUGUCGCCGAGCGACAUCAAUAUCCCCACUGGCGAAUCCUCGUCCCCGCUCGGGGAAGUUGGCAAGGAGAGCCGAGACGGGCUCUCUCAGCUCCUCUCGCCGAAGAAUUCCAAGAAAGUCCCUCCCAAGCCCAAGUCUUCUAAGGCGACUGGCAAGUCCUUCGCCGACGAGUUGCAAGAACUCCAGGGGCGGCUGCAUAUGCUUCAGCUGGAGAAGGAGAAAACGGAGGAGCUCCUGAAGCAACGGGAUGAGGUGCUGAAGCAGAAGGACGAAGAGAUCGAGAACUGCGGCAAGGAACAGGAGCGGCUACAGGAUGAGCUCAAGAAACUCCAGAAAUUGAAGGAGUUCAAGCCAACCAUGAGCCUUCCUCUGGUUAAGUCUCUGAGAGAGAAAGAUCAAGAAAAGAACGAAAAGAAGAAGAAUCAUAAGAACAAGACCGGCGUCGAGAAGACCAAGAAGCCGUGUCCGGCAUACAUCUCAUGGUGCAAAGAUCAGUGGAACGAAGCCAAGAAAGAGAACCCUGAUGCAGAUUUCAAAGAGAUUUCCAAUGUGCUGGGAGCGAGAUGGAAGGCGUUGAGCGCCCAAGAAAAGAAGCCCUACGAAGACAAGUACCAGCAAGAGAAAGAGGCCUACUUGCAGGUGGUGAAGCAGGAGAAGCGCGAGAACGAGGCGAUGAAACUGCUGGAGGAAGAGCAGCUGCAAAAGACAGCCAUGGAGUUGCUCGAACAGUAUCUGCAGUUCAAACAGGAAGCCGAUAAAGAGGGCAAUAAACCGAGGAAGGAGAAAGAUCCUUUGAAGCCAAAGCAACCCAUGUCAGCUUUCUUCCUCUUCUCGAAAGAACGACGCGAGGCUCUGCUACAAGAGAACAAAAAUGUCCUCGAGAUCUCUAAGAUAGCAGGAGAGGAGUGGAAGAACAUGACUGGAGAGCAGAAAGCACCCUAUGAGGAGGUUGCUAAGAAACAGAAGGAAGAUUAUAAUCGGGAAAUGGAGCUUUACAAGCAAAGAAAGCUCGAGGAAGCUGCGACAUUAAAGAAGGAAGAAGAGGAGCAGAGGAAAGUUCUAAAGCAGGAAGCCCUUCAAUUGUUGAAGAAGAAGGAGAAAACAGAGAAUAUAAUUAAGAAAACGAAGGAGGACCGUCACAAGAAGAAGAAAAACAAGGAAGAACAGAAUGCAGAUCCUAACAGGCCAAAGAAGCCACCCUCUUCUUUCCUUCUCUUCAGCAAAGAAGCAAGGAAGCAACUCAUGGAGGAACAUCCGGGAAUCCCCUAUUCCACUUUGAACGCCAUGGUUUCAGUGAAAUGGAAGGACUUGGGUGAAGCUGAGAGGCAGACAUGGAACGAGAAAGCAGCAGAAGGCAUAAAUGCAUACAAGAAAGAAUUAGAGGAGUACAACAAAGUUGUCGCUAUGGCCAGCAAGACCACUACUCCCGAACACGAGUCCUGAACUUUUGUUAUGUUCAAUUGUCUUUGUUGAACACUGCCCUUCUUGUGUUCUACUGCUUCCAUUAUGUUUAUGUUGAAUGAUGAAAUUAUCCUGCAAGUCAAAUAGUUUCGUAGAGACCUGUUUACUCAUUGUGGUCAGAUUCUUCCUCUCUUCAACAAUGUUAUCUGUGUUGUGUUUC